AUGUCGCUCAACGACGUCAACGCCGCGCUCGAGCGCGCGGAGGCGUCGUUACGCGCGCUCGAGCGCGGUGACGACGGCGGCGAGGCGUCGGUGCGCGCGCGAGACGACGAUGAUGAUGAUGAUGAUGAUGAUGAUGACGACGACGACGACGACGACGCGCAAACGACGCGAAAACGCGCGCGCGAGACGACGGCGACGGCGGCGGUGCUGGCGCUGGAUGAUUUGCCCAGACUCGCGCCGUUACCGGCGUCGUUGUUGCCGGAAGGGAACGGGUACGGGGGACGCCGCGGCGAGGGACGGUUUCUGGGCGCGCGGCGCGGCGGCGACGACGGCGGCUCCACGGCGCCCGCGAGCGAACCGAGGACCGCGCUGGAGCGACGGUUGGCGAAACGGGCGGAUCGACCGCGGUGUGCGGCGUGUGGGGUGGAUUUCACGAGCGACGCGCAGUACGCGGAGCACCUUCGCGGGAAGAAACACGCGAGUACGACGCGAAACGCGUCGGGAAGGCGUGGAGACGGUGCGAGCGGUGGUGGUGGGCGACGGUACGUGAAACCGCCCCCGGGACCGCACUGCGAGCUGUGUCGGAAGAUGUUCACGAGUGAGACGCAGAGGAAGGAACACUUUGAGGGGAAGUGGCACGCCGCGCGCGCGCGCGGAGAACUUCCGCCGUCGAAUAAGCCGUACAGUUAG